AUGUCGAGAGCAGAGAGUGUAAGUGUCCGAGAUACCCCCGCUGCUCCGGCGCCGAGCAGCUCUCGGGGCUCGAAUAUCCCAAGCCGUAAACCUGCUCCCGUUGAACAUUGUGCAAAUGUCGACGUCAUUCGGCAGGCGCUUGAAGCUGAGCGAGCGAGCACGGCGUCAUGGCUCUCUCCCCCUCCACCCAAAGCUGGCAGGAUUGCCACUAUGUUAUCGCAGAGACAGCCUACCGGAGACGCGAAUGCAGCUGUACUUGAGUCUAUAUCAGGUUCUGCUCGCGUAACAGUAUUCAGGCCAAGUCAGCAAGAUGUGCUCGCCGAUAAUGGACGUCGCUGGCUCAGCAAGCUGAGCCCCCCGUGA